GAGUGCCCUGGGGGCGCCCGCCUGCCCGAUGGCUGCCUCGCCCGCGCGCAGUGCGACCCCCACCGGAUGCCCCUUCGGCGGAGGAGGCGGCCCCACCGUGGCGUGCUGCGCGGCGCUGGCUCGCGGGCGAAGGUGCCUCGGCAGGUGGCGUGUGGCCUCGCCCCGCUAGGCGGCUUUACUCAGGAGUAAGGCUGUGCGGAGCGCGACGGCGCUCCUCCUCGCGGCGCAGGUGGCUGCUGGAGAGGCGGAGGGCUGGAGGAGGAGGAGGAGGAGGAGGACUUCCGGAGGGAGCGAGGCCGGAGGCGCAGCAGCGGCAGGCAGGCAGGCAGGCGGCCGGCAGAGAGCAAGCAAGCAGUAAGCGGCGGCGCCGAGCCCGGAGCGCAAAGGCUGGCGUGGCGUGGCACGCUCGGGCUGCUGCAUCUGCUGGGUCGGCGGCGGCGCCUGCCGCUCGGCUGCCCAUGGCGGCGGGGCUGAGCUCGCUGGAGGCCGUGCGCAGGAAGAUCCGCAGCCUGCAGGAGCAGGCGGACGCCGCCGAGGAGCGGGCCGGCCGCCUCCAGCGCGAGCUCGACGAGGAGCGGGCGCUGCGCGAGCAGGCUGAGAGCGAUGUGGCUUCUCUGAACAGGCGUAUCCAGCUGGUAGAGGAGGAGUUGGAUCGUGCCCAGGAGCGUCUGGCAACAGCCCUGCAGAAACUGGAGGAGGCUGAGAAGGCGGCCGACGAGAGCGAAAGAGGCAUGAAGGUCAUUGAGAGCAGAGCCCUGAAGGAUGAGGAGAAGAUGGAGAUCCAGGAGAUCCAGCUGAAAGAGGCCAAACACAUUGCUGAAGAUGCCGACCGCAAGUAUGAAGAGGUGGCUCGUAAGCUGGUGAUCAUUGAGAGCGACCUGGAGCGGGCUGAGGAGCGGGCUGAACUUUCAGAAAGCCAAGUUCGACAGCUGGAGGAACAGUUAAGGAUAAUGGAUCAAACGCUGAAAGCAUUUAUGGCUGCAGAGGAGAAGUACUCGCAAAAGGAGGACAAAUAUGAAGAGGAGAUCAAGAUCCUCACUGACAAACUGAAGGAGGCCGAGACCAGGGCUGAAUUUGCUGAGAGGUCGGUAACCAAGUUGGAGAAGAGCAUUGAUGACUUAGAAGAGAAAGUGGCACAUGCCAAAGAAGAAAACCUCAAUAUGCAUCAGAUGCUGGAUCAAACUCUACUGGAGCUCAACAACAUGUGAAAAUCCUCUUCACUGCAACCACACCACUUUGGGUUUUCCCUUCCUUCCUUUUUUUUUUUUUUUAAACACUUGCUUGCCAUGAAACCCCCCUUAAAUGUGCCUUUAUUACUUUUUUCCAUUUUGCCACAUUCACAGUACCGUCUGGUAAACCCCAGGUACGGAAUCAGGGGAGACAUCAAGAUGGGGAAGCUCUGUGUAGGUUAAAGUAGCAUCUCUGUGGUUCAGAUCAUGUGCCAUAUUCCCAACCUGAUGUUGCCUACACUUUGUACGGAGUUCUAUCAUGCAAACUGUGUGCAGUCCUUUGGAGCAGAAAGACUUUCACCUGUUCUGCCAACUUAGAUAUUAAAGGUUAAUGUUAGGAACCCAAGAGCAGAGAAGGAGGCAGGGGUUGAUUGGCAUUUCUUGAAACAAAAGGUACUUGUGUGGCCCUGUAGUUUUUGUGUAACUCAGAGGUUUGUCUCGCCCAGUAAUUUGAUUUUCUUGGAGGUGCCACGUGCAGUGAAGAUCUCGCCUUCCCAUGACUUCUAGUGGAAGAAUAAAACAGACCUGUAAGCCACAUUCUAAGCUGUUUAACACUUGAAUUCAGAAAUGUGCAAUUUAUGGCUCAUCAGCUCAAUGCAAGGCAGCAUUUUAGUCUGACGAGUCAGUCCAUUGCAGUGUCUUAAGAUUCACUACGCUGGGGAGCAACCAAACACUUACAUUGGUGAAUUCUAGGUGCAAUCUGGUUUCUUCCAGUGCUCAAGGGAAUUGAUUAAAUUUGGUAUCCACCACAUGUUUGUUGGACACACAUUUUGUUUUGAGCAGUUUUUAAGAAUCAUAUCUGUAUGUAAACAUUGUAUAAUUGAUAAUGGAAUAAAACACACACUCUAGGACAUUUUUUAAAAA